AUGCCAGACGCGAGGAGAGGCGCUGUCCCCGUCUUACAGACUAGCGUCCGCGACUCGCCGACGCCCCCGCGGGCUGCCCCCUCGCCGGGGCCCGGACAGGGACCGCCGACCCGGGGGUCCGCUCCGCCCACAGAGUCAGAUGGCAGCUGCAGCGCGUGGGGACCCGGCUCAGGACUCGGCAGGGUGCAGGGGAGCCCGGAGCCCACCGUGCCCUGCCAUGGUCCCCUGCCUCUCCGAACUUCCCUCUUGGUGCAGAUUGUUACCAAUACAGAAGCACUUGUGGACCCUGCAGAGGGCCUUGUGACCUUCGAGGACGUGGCCGUGUACUUCUCCCAGGAGGAGUGGGGUCUCCUUGAUGAGGCUCAGAGGCUCCUGUACCGCGAUGUGAUGCUGGAGACCUUUGUGCUCACAACAUCCCUGGAUUGUUGGUGUGGAGCAGAGGAUGAGGAAGUACCUUCUGGGCAGAGUGCUUCUGUAGAAAGAGUAUCACAGGUCAGGACUUCUAAGGCAGGUUCCUUCAUCCAGAAGACUCAUCUCUGUGAGAAUUGAGUCCCAGUCUUGAAAGACAACUUACAACCUUCUGAGCUCCGAGUGGCAUGUUCUGAGCAGAAAUCAUACUUGGGUGGGGGCUCUAGAGGCUUCAGGAGGUACAAACCUUCACCAGUAUCAGAAGCAUGACAGUGGAGAGAAAAUCUUCAAAAUGGAUAUGGACAGUGCCUUGUUCGUGACGAGCUGCAGGUCCCUUGUGUCGGUGAAGCCCUUCACCUGUGGGGAGGGUGGAAAGGACUUUCUGGCGACCGUGGGCCUUCUCCAGCACCUGGAUCCGCCCCACAGUGAAAAGCCACAGAGCGGCACUGCGUGUGGGGAGCCAUUUACUGGCAGAGUAAGUCACAAAUGGAUCGCAUGCAGGAGAGCUUUCAGCAACACUUACACGCUUGACCGCCAGAGAUUCCACAAUGGACAAGGUCUUGAUGAAUGUAGCAAGGUGGAAAAGACGGCAGCUGCAAAUA